AUGGCGGCUUCUCGCCCGCUCCCGGUGACCCAGGAUCUGUCCACAUUGCGUGCCAAGUUGCAGGGACUGCUGCGGUUCCUGAAGGAAGCCCUGUCCAUUUCCAAUGCACACACGGUGGACUUCUACACGGAGUCCGUGUGGGAACAGCUGGUCGACUUGCCCCCGGAGACUGUGCUGGCGGUGCUGAGGAGGUCGGCGGCGGAGGCGGAGGCCCAGCCCUCGGAGGCGCGCCCCCUGGUGGCAGCGGAGAGGGAACCAGAUAUUACUGAUUUUCCAAAAAUAUUUUGUGAAACUUCCCAGAAGCUGGUGAGUGUGGAAGCCUUUGCUCUGGCUGUGAAAUAUUAUUCUGUGCAAAACUUGGGAUUAUGUACUCCUUUUGAACAGUUGCUGGUAGCCCUUCGUGGAAAUCAAAAACAGAGAACUGGUGAAAAUGUGAAGCCAGAUGAGUUUAUGAAUUUGAAAAAAUCUCAUGAAGUUCAGGCAAUGUCAGAGCUCAUCAGCAGUAUUGCCGACUACUGUGGAAUAAAGCAGAUAAUUGACCUGGGUUCUGGAAAAGGUUACCUAAGCUCUUUUUUGUCCUUGAAAUAUGGCUUAAAAGUUUAUGGCAUCGAUUCCUCAAAUACCAAUACUUAUGGAGCUGAGGAGAGAAAUAGGAAACUGAAGAAACAUUGGAAAAUCUAUCAGAGGCGGUCAAAAUUAGAUGUCAGUGGACUGGCAUUGCAAGUGGCAAAAGAAAGAAAACUGCAAGAUGAAAUUAAAUUUAAAGCAGGUAUUGAGGGAGUAUGUAACAGCAGUACAUCAAGAAUUGCAAGUCAAGGAAAGAUGUCGACCUCAGACUUUUUGCCAGAUUUUUCAGGCUCUGUAAUCUCUAACAUCAGAAAACAAAUGGAAAACCUGCAUGUUUAUUCACAUCAAAAAGAAAAUCUGUGUUUUGAAAAUGCCUUUUCUCUUAGAGACCUUUUGCCUGUUAACGCCAUAGAACCUACUUCUUCAUCCCAAGUACCCAACAGAAAAAUGUCUGAAGCAAAUAAAGAGAGAAGAGAAAUGACAUCGAAACCAAAUGAAUCAAAUAUAUAUUCACCUUUAACAUCUUUUAUCACUGCUGAUUCAGAGCUACAUGAUAUUAUUAAAGAUCUGGAGGAUUGUUUGAUGGUAGGUCUGCAUACUUGUGGUGAUCUUGCUCCAAAUACUCUGAGAAUAUUUACUUCCAAGUCUGAAAUCAAGGGAGUUUGUAGUGUGGGUUGUUGCUACCACCUCUUAUCUGAAGAGUUUGAAAGCCCACAUAAAGAAUGUACCCAAGAAAAGUGGGGAUUUCCAAUGUGCCACUAUUUAAAGGAAGAGAGAUGGUGCUGUGGCCGUAAUGCCAGAAUGUCAGCAUGUUUGGCACUGGAGCGGGUUGCAGUCGGCCAAGGGCUGCCUACCGAAUCACUCUUCUAUCGUGCCGUACUUCAGGAUAUUAUUAAAGAUUGUUAUGGCAUCACCAAAUGUGAUCGGCACGUUGGUAAAAUUUAUUCCAAAUCCUCUUCCUUUCUGGAUUAUGUCAGAAAGUCUCUAAAGAAGCUUGGAUUAGAUGAGCCCAAGCUGUCAGAAGAAAUUAUAAUGGACUACUACGAGAAGUAUAAGCCUAGAAUGAAUGAGCUGGAGGCUUUUAAUAUGUUGAAAGUUGUUCUGGCUCCUUGCAUAGAGACAUUGAUUCUUCUGGAUAGACUUUGCUACCUGAAAGAGCAGGAUGAUAUUGCAUGGUCCACGCUUGUGAGGUUGUUUGAUCCUGUGAAAUCUCCUAGAUGUUAUGCCAUUAUUGCACUGAAGAAGCAGCAAUGAUUUUAAGUGAAGCAAGGACAGCUGAGUUUGGACUCGUCAAGUGCUCAGUAGGCAGCAUGGGGCUGAUGGCUCCCACGGUGGCCAGCACAGCUGAAGAUGGAGGGAGCAGCAGGAGCAGAGCCAGGGGAAUGGACAAGUUUGCAGGGAGCACACAGAAGGAGCUUCAAAUCAUGCACAAGCUCUGUUAUUGCUAGUUUUGCUUUUGUAAACAUUAAUGCCAUGUUAUGUAAAUAUUUGAAAAACAUUGCUAUAUAUUUUAGUCAAUAAAAAAUAGCUAACAAU